CACACAUAUACCCGUGCGAGCGCCUCUCGCUCCCUCACUGAAGUCACUGCUUGUGUUUUCACGUUGCUCAGACCUGCAAUCUGAGAGAAAAAGCUCAGCGUUCGCGUCGCUGCUCCCUGCCGCUGGUGGUGGAAGCGGUGAAGAGGAGAGAGGGGUUUGGGUUUUUUUGCUUUCUAUUUUUUUUUUUUUUCCUCUUGCAUUCAAUGGAUGUGAAUUUGGAGUCUUUGGACCUCGACAGUUUUGGAAUAUCUACAUGCUGAUCCUAUUUGUUGUGACACAUCAGCUCGUUUGGGGAAACCAUCCGAAGACAGCAAGAUGUUUCUCGUUAUCUUGUACUUCGCUUUGCCCUUAGUGGACGUACUUUUGUCUGCAGAAGUGAGCGGGCUGCCUGGAGGGGACCGUCUCGACUGUGUGAAAGCCAGCGAUCAGUGUCUCAAGGAGCAGAGCUGUAGUACUAAAUACAGGACACUGAGGCAGUGUGUAGCCGGCAAAGAGAGCAACUUCAGCCGGGCGACAGGCCUGGAGGCAAAGGACGAAUGCAAAAGCGCCAUGGAAGCUCUCAAGCAGAAAUCUCUGUACAACUGUCGCUGUAAGAGGGGCAUGAAGAAGGAGAAAAACUGCCUGCGCAUUUACUGGAGCAUGUACCAGAGCUUACAGGGAAACGACUUGCUUGAAGAUUCCCCUUAUGAGCCUGUUAACAGCAGACUGUCAGACAUAUUCAGGCUAGCACCAACUGUAUCAG